AUGGGGAGAAUAGAGCAAGGAAUGGUGUCGAUGGGAUGUGACAGAGAAGAAAAAGAAGAGUACUGGAAGAAGCUAGAUGAAGCUAUUGAUUUGAUUCUCAAGGAGGAAAGACUCAUAAUUGGUGCGGAUUUUAACAGACAUGCUGGUGAGGGAAGCAAUGGAGAUGAGAGAGUGAUAGGAAAGUAUGGGUAUGAAGCACGUAACGAUAAGGGUGACGAGAAGAGGGUAGACGUAUUGAACAUAUUGCGGGAAACAGCAAAGGAAUUGUUUGGUGUUACAACUGGGAAGAAGAAAAGGGGCAAGGAAAUGUGGUGGUGGAACGAAGAAGUACAGGAAGCUAUUGCGAGAGAGAAAGAAGAAUGGGAAAGUGUAGCACAAGAGACAAAAUCUGAGAAGCAAAUUUUUUGUACAAUGAAUCAAACAACAAGGCAAAAAGUGGUAAAGCAGAAGGAUAGAGUAGCAAAGGAUGUACAGCAAAUCAGGCUGAUAAAGGACGCUGAGAAUAAAGUGUUGACCAUUGAGGAGGAGGUACUGCAGAGAUGGAGAGACUACUUCGAAAGGCUGAUGGAUGUUGAAAACUCCAGGGAAACGAGAGAGGAAAAUGGGAUGAUGGAAGAAGUAAUGGUUGUAGGAGUAACAAAGGAUGAGGUAAAGAAGGCACUGAAGAAAAUUAAAAAGGCAAAGCUUUAG